UAAUAUGCAAAUACUAAAAUACAUAUUGUUUCCAAUUUAUUUAGGGGAUGGAUUGAAUGUGGUUUUAAGGAAUUCAAUUUUGAUGGAAUUGCAAGUCCAGAUAUUCUAAAAAUAAUGUGGGAAAAAUCUCCUAUAAGAUAUAUAGAAAAUGUGAAAAUUCCAAUUUUAUUCAUAAUUGGAAAGAAUGAUCGUAGAGUUCCACCUUCACAAGGGAUUAAAUGUUAUAAUAUACUUAAGGCUAGACAAGUACCUACGAGAUUAAUCUUUUAUGAUGAUGGUCAUGCCUUAACAAAAGUGGAUGUAGAAGCAGAUGUUUAUAUUCAGUGCAUGUUAUGGAUAAAACAGUAUCUCUGAAAAUUUUGUUUACAUAAAUACACAUUAUUGUGUAUUAUUAAUAGAUUCAAAAUUUUUUAAAUUAAUACAUAAAUAUAUGCCUUCAAAAUCAUUCAAAAACAUAUAUAUAUAUAUUUGGCCAUCAAUAAAUAUGCCUUUGCAAUUUUUGCAUAUAUAUUUUUAUAUAAUCAAUAUAAAACAGUAAUAAAAAAAUGAUUACAUAAAUCAAUCAAAACGUAGCAUCUUGAAUUAGAAAAAAUCUUGUUUCAGAAUAAUUUAUUGAAUUUAAUUAGGUAUGUAAAAGCAUUGGAGUGUUUUAUAAAUUGAAUGUGAUAAUUAUGAUAUUACUUAUUGAGUGCUUAUUAUAUUGUAAUGAUUUGUUUAAAAAAUUGUCCAUGAAUUACACAUUUUCAGGGAUUAAUAUCAUAGGAAUCUUGGUUGUGAUUUUUUAUUAAUAAAUGCAUUUUUUUUCUCAGUUUACUUUCAAUUUUACUGAAUGAAAGAAAGGUUGUUAUAUAAAAUUGAAUCAUGUAUAUAGUGUAGAAUUUGUAGGAUUCUUAGAUAUGAUAUAUGGCUAAAGGAAAGGAGGAAAAUUGUUUAUCAAAAAUUUAUUUAUUAAUUGAUAUUAAUUAUAAAUUAUUAUUAUUAUUAUUAGUAUUACAUAAAAUAUUUUGAAACUUUUUGUCAAGUGAUUGUAAUGAUUUUGCCAAAUGAUGGUGAAAUUUUCAACUGGAUUUUACUAGGUACAUCAAGGUUGCAUUACAUCAAUUUUCAACCAUUUUCUCUUUCAAUCUAUACAUAGAAAUAAUUAUGAGUGUCUUUCUCAAUUUCACACUAUCCAUAUGUAAUGUUUUUAAAACAUAUUAUUUGUCUAUAGUAUUAUUUCUGAAGUUUAUAAAACUAAGUACAAAAUUAUAUACAUGGUUUGGAAGCAACAAAAAUCAGUUUUUGAUAUUUAUUUUAUAUACAAAUGUUAUUUUUCUUACAAAAAAUAACCAAUUUGUCAUUGCAACUAUGAAUAUUUAAUGUAAUCAAUCAAAAACAAA